CCCGCUGGUGACCGAGUCCCGGUGCGCUGGUCCAUGCUGGUCCCCGCCUUUGUUCUCGGGCCGGAGCGGGGACAUGCGCGGCUGAGGAUGGAAGUGGAAGACUCGGGCGGCGUGGUGCUGACCGCCUACCACUCGUACGCUCGCUCCCAGCCGCCCAGCUCCGAGCCACGCUGCGCGCCCAGGGCCACCGCCAGCCACCCGGGCAGCAGAAAAUCUAUUUCUCGCUGCCGAAGAAUUAACAGGAUGCUCUCCAAUGAAUCUCUACAUUCUCCUGCAUUUAGCCGCUCCAACUCACAAGCCUCCGUAGACAGCACCUCCAUGGAGGAUUUCUUGCGGGAAAUAGAAAGCAUUAAAGAGAACAGCAUAGGCCACGUGGGAGGACAGGAAGAGCAGAUACCAGCUGAGGUCAAACCUGUGGAUGAAGGAGAACUUGAAGCAGAGUGGUUGCAAGAUGUGGGUUUAUCAACCCUGAUCUCGGGUGAUGAAGAGGAGGAUGGCAAAGCCUUGCUCUCUACACUGACUCGAACCCAAGCAGCUGCAGUAAAAAAGAGAUAUAACACUUACACUCAAACCAUGAGAAAAAAGAACAAGCAAUCUGUUCGGGAUGUCAGAGACAUCUUUGGAGUCAGCGAAUCUUCUCCAGGUGAUACCUGUGACAACCAUCCUGCUCAGUUGGAUGGAACCCAGGAGGAAAAAGAGCUGCCAGGAGUUAUCAAAACAAGUGGUUCCUUGCCAGAUGAUGCUUCCCUCAACAGUACCACCCUGUCAGAUGGUUCCCAAGAUGAAGAAGGGAGUUUUGCAGUUCCUAGGAGUGGCCCUGUGUCUAUACUUGAGACUAUUCCAGCUCUACCAGUUCAUUCCAACGGAUCUCCAGACCCUGGACAGUCAGUUCAGAGUGCAAUGAGUGAUGAUGAUUAUCUGAAAAAAAAUAUUCCACCAGAAACUGAAGAGCUGUCCUUUGAAGUAUCUUACUCAGAAAUGGUUACAGAGGCUCCAAAAAGAAGUAAAUUUAAGAAGUCAAAUUUUAAGAAAGAGGACUAUGCUUUAACUAAAUUUAUUGUCCAGAAAACCAGAUUUGGCCUAACUGAAGCAGGAGAUCUGUCUGCUGAAGACAUGAAGAAAAUCCGCCAUCUCUCUCUCAUUGAACUGACUGCCUUUUUUGAUGCCUUUGGAAUCCAGUUGAAAAGAAACAAAACUGAGAAAGUAAAAGGACGAGACAAUGGUAUUUUUGGCGUUCCACUUACAGUCCUAUUGGACAGUGACCGAAAGAAAGACCCUGGAGUGAAGGUCCCCCUGGUGUUACAAAAAUUUUUUGAGAAAGUUGAGGAAUCGGGCCUGGAAUCUGAAGGAAUUUUUCGACUUUCAGGAUGCACUGCCAAAGUCAAGCAAUACCGUGAAGAACUGGAUGCCAAGUUUAAUGCUGAUAAAUUUAAAUGGGACAGAAUGUGCCAUAGAGAAGCUGCAGUAAUGUUGAAGGCAUUUUUCAGAGAACUACCCACCUCUCUUUUCCCUGUGGAAUAUAUACCUGCCUUCAUCACUCUCAUGGAAAGAGGGCCUCACAUCAAAGUACAGUUUCAAGCUUUACAUCUCAUGGUCAUGGCACUGCCCGAUGCCAACAGGGACACAGCCCAGGCCCUCAUGACAUUCUUCAAUAAAGUGAUUGCCAACGAAUCAAAAAACCGAAUGAGUAUAUGGAACAUUUCUACUAUAAUGGCACCAAACCUUUUCUUCAGUCGAAGCAAACAUUCUGAUUAUGAAGAAUUACAGUUAGCAAACACUGCAGCCCACAUCAUCCGCCUAAUGCUUAAAUACCAGAAAAUUCUGUGGAAGGUUCCAUCUUUCUUAAUCACGCAAGUCAGAAGAAUGAACGAGGCUACCAUGUUGUUAAAGAAGCAGCUCCCAAGUGUCAAAAAGCUGCUGAGGAGGAAGACCAUAGAACGAGAGGUUAUAAGCCCCAAGACUUCAAAGGUACUGCAAAAAUCACCCUCUUCGAGAAGAAUGUCUGACGUGCCGGAAGGAGUCAUAAGGGUCCAUGCUCCACUUCUCUCUAAGGUGUCCAUGGCCAUUCAGCUCACUAGUCACACCAAGGCCAAAGACAUACUGGCAAAAUUUCAAUAUGAGAACAGUCAUGGUUCAUCAGAAUGCAUUAAGAUUCAGAAUCAACGGUUAUAUGAAAUUGGAGGAAAUAUAGGGCAGCAUUGCUUGGAUCCAGACGCUUAUGUAUUGGAUGUAUAUCAUGUAAAUCCUCAAGCAGAGUGGGUGAUUAAACCCCAACCAAGUUUUUGAAAUAAUCCCCAAGAUGGCAGCUAUCAUGUAUUAUAUGCCAAGAAGAUUCUACAUUUGGUAGGGAAAAUAACAAGACUGUUUUUGACAUGUUUGUUCCAAUAACCCUCUUGGUGUUUCUCAGCCCAAGUGGUGUCUCCCAGCAUUGUCAACAUGAACUGUGGAGGAGGAGCUGGUUUACUGAGCUGAGGCAUUCUCCUAUGGUUCCUUGAUAAUGGUGAAGGAAAGACGCUGUGAUUGUUCCAGAAGAAAGGCCAAUCUAGCAUAUGGAACUCUAAUCAUUUCUAGUACUUUGACUUCACAGCAGAAAUGAACUUUGUCUUAUACCUAAAGAUAAAAAACACUCCUUUUUGUAGCAGAUGCUACCAAACACAAGAGAUGGAAGAGAGUCUUUUUUAUACUUAUCUUAUAUACAUAUGUUGACCUUUCUGAACAAUGCCAGAAAUAUCAGUAAUUUCUGCUCUGCAAAAUAAUUCAGAUCUGCUUUUCAAAGGGAAUCAGUUUCUAAAGUUAUGCAUACAAUAUUGUUGCUCUGACUUGCUCCCAAAUUGGAGGAGGAUGAACUUCUGUUGAAAGAACACUGUAUUGUUAAGUAUGUCGUACUGUAUUAUGACUGUCCGCAUCUGGUGCAAGUGAACAUUUCUCUCUUGUAGAUUAUUGAAAAUUGAUAUUUAUAAAGCUUAUUCUCUUAUGAGCACAGGUUCCAUAGCAAAUGACAGAGGGUGUUCUUAUGCUUUCAUAACCUUCUGUGUAGUUAAUAGUCACAGAACCUCUAUCUUUUCAACAUGAUUAUGGUGCUCAAUGAAAAACUUUCUCUGUGCCAGGCACAGAUUUCUUUUCCUGAUCAAACAUAUCAUUUUUUAAUAUUUUACAACUAUAGAUAGUCACUUCUGUAGCCCCAAUUUAAAAAUAUAGAAUUGUCUUUAUCCAGCUGCUCUUCAUCCAAAAGUACUGAAAAAUACUGUUAUAUCCAGAUUUUAUAUGCUGUAAAAGCAAAUUAUUUCUGUUCAUCAAUCAUAGACAUGGCCAAGCACUAUGGAUUAGCCUCAGGCUUUAAAAUCAGAUGCAUAUUUGGUAAGCUGGAAACUAUUCUUGCUAUGAAGAUCCUGCAGAGCCAUUUUCCAGACCUGCAGUUGAUGAGAACACACUGUUCUCCACAAUCUAAUGGAGAGCAAAUCUGCCAUGUGCUGAGCGGUCAGACAGCUCUGCCUUUCAUCUUGAGAUUGCAGAUAUAGUUCUAGGGCUAGCUAGAAAUGGGGACAGAGGUCUCAUUUAUCCUACAUGUGUGCUUUGGAUUAGAAUCCACAGAUUGAUAUUUCAUUGAAUUUAUAAUAAUUUUAAUGAGAUUUAAUGUCCAGAUGACUCUUUUGCAGUUCGAACAAUAAAGUUACAGAUACAGAAAACAUUUUACCAAUGCUUUGGAAACCAAAUGUUUUUACCGAUGUUUCUACUUAACAGUUCUCAAAACAUGAUGUGAUAAUAAUUCAAGCCCACAUAUAGAAGAAAUCUUUUUUUUUUCUUUUUUUUUUUUAAAGUAGGCUCCACACCCAGCAUGGAGCCCAACGCGGGACUUGAACUCAUGACCCUGAGAUCAAGACCUGAGCCAAAAUCAAGAGUCGGAUACUUAACCGACUGAGCGACCUAGGUACCCCUAAAAGAAAUCUUUUAUAUGCAGCAUUAUUAUGCCUAGAUAUCUCUAAAAACAUUAUUUAUAUUCAACAUGUAGAUAAUUAUGU